UGGCCUAUAUUGGGACACAGUAUAAAUUACCGCACACAGAACAAGCCUCACACACAUCACGGAGUCUGGACUCAACUCAGCAUAUGGUGAACAUGUGGAAGUUUCUGGUCUUCUUCGCGGCUGUGGUCGUCUGGCUGGACUCGUCACAAGGUCAACGCGAGUACCUAACCACUGUCGACGGAUGGAACUUUUAUAAAGUUCGCGCGGUUGGGGCUAUGACUAAUACCAAAAUCAAGGCCACUUGUGAAGCGACAGGGAUGAGAUACCCGUGCCACUACUCGGGAAACGAUGGGUGUAACCGCUGGUGGGCCUCUGACUGCAUCACGUAUGACGACGCCGGUGUCAUCUGCCAUACCCCCGGAGUCCUCUCGGCAAACCUGUGUGGAGAUACUGACCAUCGUUACUGUCAGCCCCUUGAUGACACCUUUGUGUACAUCCCUAACUGGCAGAGUGAUGACAGCGCUUACGGAGUGGACUAUGACACUCACAGCAUGGCCCUGCAUGGAGCGAACUACAACAACAUGUACGCCCUGUGUGCAGACUUUGACUGGUGCUCUCAAGCCCAAUGUCCACACGGCUGGGAUUGUCAGGACUACACGUUCUACUUCCAAUGCGUUCAUCCUGAUCAAAUCACUAGCAGGAUGGCCCCCUACCAGUGCAGCAGUGCCUCCUGUCCGGAUGGCAUGUACUGCACCGAGGAGGGCGUGGCUUCCUUCUCCUGCAAGACUGUGUGACGUCAUAGCCAAAACGUCAGGUACGCAACAAACAGCAAAAGGCUGACCGGCGUGUCUUUCAACAAGCUUUCUCCUCAUACUGAGUUGAUACAA